AUGGAAAUGGCAAGUCGUCACGAUGUUGAAGACGCUUCUGUUCCUCAUAGUAAGUAUUCUCAAACUCAUAAAACUGACAUCAUUGUCAGAGGAAUUGCGCUUUCAGUCUUCGCUUGUGAAGGAUUCGGUAAACAGUUUCAGCUUCCCUGGUGGGGACUCACACUAGCCUGUUUCAUACCAUUCCUCUUCAUAUUACCUGUUGGGGUGAUUCAGGCAACCACAAACAUGCAACUAGGGCUAAAUGUGAUUACAGAGGUAAUCAUUGGGUACAUGUAUCCUGGUAGGCCUAUAGCCAAUGUAGUUUUCAAGACUUACGGCUAUAUGAGGAUGACGCAAGCUCUCAGUUUUAUUGGAGAUUUCAAAUUAGGCCACUAUAUGAAAAUCCCUCCCAAAUCCAUGUUCGUUGUACAGUUAGUAGGAACUAUAGUUGCUUCAACUGUCUACUUUGGCACAUCCUGGUGGCUUCUCACAACCAUUCCCAACAUUUGUGACACAAAUUUGCUGCCAGAGGGGAGUCCCUGGACAUGUCCUGCAGAUGAUGUUUUCUACAAUGCUUCACUCAUCUGGGGCGUUGUAGGACCUCUCAGAAUGUUCACGAACCGAGGCGUCUACCCGGGACUCAACUGGUUCUUCCUAAUAGGCCUCCUCGCCCCAGUUCCCGGGUGGCUCCUCUCACGAAAAUACCCAGAAAAGAAAUGGAUCAAGAACAUCCACACACCGAUCAUCCUGGCAGGGAGACUCUACAUGCCAUUCGCUAAAGCUGUGCAUUACCUUAGCUGGGGAGCUGUUGGAAUCUUCUUCAACUACUACAUUUUCAGAAGGUAUAAAAUGUGGUGGGCUAGAUAUAAUUACAUUUUAUCAGCUGCUUUGGAUGCCGGGCUUGCCUUCAUGGGUGUGUUGGUCUAUUUCACCCUUCAAUCACAUGACAUUUUUGGCCCAGAAUGGUGGGGUUUGGAUAACACUGACCAUUGCCCUCUGGCUAAGUGCCCCAUCGCUCCAGGAAUUGAAGUCCAUGGUUGCCCUGUGCUUUGACAUUUCUUAAAUGCCUGAGAAAGCUUGAGAAAUUCUCCUUCUCAAUCUCCAAGGAUGACACAGAUUGUGCAUAUUAUUCGCAUGUAAUUUGUCAAUAAGUUUAGGUUGUCUUGGACGGUAACCAAAAUCCGAGUGAUUUGAAUAAAUGGAUUUGCUUGAUCAAA